AUGUUUCCGCGAUUCCUCAUGGCGACGCGGCUGAUCGGGGACAAGGGAAGGCAUCCCUUGUUCAUGGGGACGCCUCCGCCUGCGAGGGCCUUCGCGCCCAUCCACCCGGCCGAGGACCAGCCGUUGGACUUCUCGACCAAGAGGAGUUAUGGGUCGUGGGAGAGCAAGAGCCCGAUCAUGAGCGACGGGUCGUCGAACGACGAGCACAACGGGGGGACUCCUAUGGGUCGAGGCGGGUAUGCCUCGCCGGAGUCGCAGGCGAUCUCGUCGCCGGAGCCGACUCCGCUCUCGGAGAUGCCGCAGCUUCGGAGUCGGUUGGCCAUGUCGCCCGGGCCGGCUUGCGCUGCGAUGGGUCCGCUCGUUCAGUCCCUCGGAUUCUUCCAGUCGGAAACCGGGAGUCCGAGCACUUCGUCGGCCGGGGGUCUCGGAUUGCCCGGGUUGGAUCCGUCCGUGAUGACUUCGUCCCUUCUGUCGUCUCCGUUGUCCCUGCCCGUUCCGACCUCGUUGCCGUUGAUCAUGAACGGGAAGAACAGCACGAGUGGGAAGACGACCCGGCCUUUCAAAGCGUAUCCGCGAGAUCCUCUCAGCGUUCCCUUGGGUUUCUACGGGCUUCCGGCUGCCGGAAUACCCGGAAUCUCGUCGGCCGAAGUCGUCCUGCAGCAGGCGAGCAACGAAGCCUACUCCAAGUUCAGGGAACAGAUGCUCGCAAGCGUCCAGGCCGCCAAGCGACGAUCCGAUUCUGUGACCAUAAAACGAAAUGCAGAAUAUGCAGGAUCUCCUCCGUCGAUGCCCACAGGCAGCAAAGAAAAGGAGAAGGAGAAGGGAAACGAGUCCGGAGGCGAAACGAGCUCCGUCGACGUCCGCCCCGCAAGCAGAGACUCCACCUCCGGCGAGAAACGGAAACUCGAGGAAGACCAAGGAACGAACAAGGACGAAGCCUACUGGGAGCGGCGGCGGAAGAACAACGAAGCGGCGAAGCGGAGUCGCGAGGCCCGGCGAGCGAAGGAGGACGAGAUCGCCAUCCGCGCCGCCUUCCUCGAGCAGGAGAACCUCAAGCUCCGCAUCGAGGUCGCCGCGUUGAAAAGCGAAACCGCCAAACUCAGGUGCAUGUUGUUCAACAGCUAG